AUGGCCCCACCAAAUGACUAUCAACAUGGAGAUUCUACCCUACAUCUAGUGGAUACCAAAGAAUAUGCACCCAGCAUCGCGAGUAAUAGCCUCAAGACACGAUAUUAUCGACCUUCAUCUGAAGGAUAUGAUCUCGAAAUAUCUCCUGGGGAGGAUGAGUUACCUCCAAUCGACGGAGGUAUACAAGCAUGGUUAUUUCUGUUAGCGGCAGCUAUACUUGAAGCGUUAGUCUGGGGUUACGCAUUCUCAUUUGGAAUAUUCCAAGAUUACUACAGUGCACAUGCGCCGUUUCAAGGUUCCGGAAAUAUUGCCGUGAUUGGUACUUGCGCGAUGGGCAUCGCAUAUCUAAUCGCCCCAUUGGCCAUUGUGAUUAUGAUUUUAAUACCUCGCCUCGCUCCUUGGGUAUCGACGAUUGGAGUCGUGAUCAUGUGCCUUUCGCUGGCAUUGAGCUCUUUCGCUACAAAUGUAACGCACUUGAUUCUCUCACAAGGAAUUGGAUUUGGCAUUGGCGGUUGCUUUGCUUAUACGCCAUCAAUUUUGUUCAUGUCGGAGUGGUUCGUGAAGAAGAAAGGCCUCGCAUUUGGAAUUGUGUGGGCUGGUUCGGGAAUAUCAGGAGUGAUAUUUCCGCUCACGAUAGAAUGGUUACUUGAUCAACAUGGAAUCGAAACCACUCUUAGAGUCUCGGCAGUGACACUGUUUAUUCUUGCCGCCCCUUUUCUUUACUUCCACAGACCGCGCCUUCCAGUGCGUGCUGCUGUACGCCACGACCGAUUAAACUUUCGAUUCGUAUACAACAAAGUGUAUCUCAUCUAUCAGCUUGGGAACACAGUGGAGGCGCUAGGCUUCUUCUUGCCUACAAUCUGCCUGCCGAUGUAUGCACGCAGCCUAGGUGCCAACGAAUUCUUGUCCUCGCUUACAGUAACACUCGUGAACCUUACUUCGGUGUUCAGUUCUGUACUAGCAGGAUUUCUAUCCGACCGCUACCAUGUCACUACGAUUAUCCUGAUUUCAACGGUGGGCACAGUUCUGUCGGUGUUUCUUUUGUGGGGCUUUGCAGUUACUCUUCCAGCGCUCUAUGUCUUUUGCACCGCGUACGGUCUCCUAGCAGGCGGCUUUUCGUCGACAUGGUCAGGCAUCGCCAAUGAAAUUCAGAAAGCCAAUCCAGAUUCGGAUGCCACCGUCAUAUUUCCAUUCAUGGAAACUGGCCGGGGAAUUGGCAACGUCGUCAGUGGCCCACUGAGCGAAACACUUCUCAGGGCAGAUAAUUGGAAAGGCCGCGCAUCGGGAGCCUACGGUAGUGGAUAUGGUGCUCUUGUUGUUUGCACAGGAGGAACUGCCAUCGUUGGCGGGAUUUCGGUCGUGGCGCGCCAGCUCAAAUGGAUUUGA